AUGUCUGCUAUUCUCUGUUGUUCGUCCAUCACGCCUUAUCGACCUCAGCGCCUUGACCAUGACCAUAAGUUCAACCAGUUCAUGUCCUGGGCUCGUCGGGAGAAGGUGGUCAUCAAAAAUGACGCCCCACUGGUCAAAGGCGCACCAUUCGCGGAAAAUAAGGAUAAGGCCCUGCCAGAGAUCACGGUGAAAGCUGCCUUUCAAUCCCUAUUGCCAUCACUUGGCACAAGCAUCUUGUCUUUGUUCUGCCAAGAUUGGAUGAGCAAGAAAUUCAACCUUGAUCUCGACUUGGAAGAUCAGUGGGAUGAAGAACUGAGCAGCUCAAGCAUCGCCACUUUCCUCGUCGACUGGUUUACAGUUGACUGA